AAAAAAAAAAAAAAAAAAACAGGAAAAACGGCGGAAGCAGGAGUAGCUGUUUCAACGAAUAGCAUUUUGUCUUCAAUGGCUUUCUACUUCAAGUCUUAGCCUCUGCAAAUUCCUUGUUCUCACUUUACAUUCCAUGGCCAAGCCCGAUCCUUCUGUUCGAACCGUACUCGAACCUCUCUCUAGCAUUGACCUCUCCUCUUACUCUCCCACUUCAAUCCGAUCUCUCUCUGUCUCUUCCAUUUCCAAUUCCCAAACCCUAAUUUACAUCGGUACCUUCUCUGGAUCCCUCCUUUUACUCUCUACUGACAAUCCCACUGCUGGUGAUCAUGCUGCGGCCAAACAAGAUACUCAAUCCACUCUCGAUUUCGAUGCCUCUGAAAGCAAAAACAUUUCGUUUCUGAGCAGCGUUGCUCUUGGGGAUUCUCCUAUAGAAACAAUACUCGCUCUACGUGAUAUUGGGAAGGUUCUACUUCUCUGUGAUGGUUCCUUGUUUUUGGUCGAUUCUCUUCUGUCUCAGCCUGUCAAGAAAUUGACUUUUGUUAAGGGAGUUUGUGCCAUUGCCAAGAGAAUUCGAAGCAAUGAUUUUGAGAGCACUAAUUUAUUGGGUAUAACUGGUAGUAACUUGGAGACUUCUAGUGCCAGUCAGCGAAUUUUACAGAAAUUGGGAGGUGGGAUUAGAACUAAUGGACUCAAAACCAAAGAACCUGUGCAACAGGGUGAAGGUAACAAUGUCUUUGCUGUUGUUAUUGGUAAAAGAUUGGUAUUAAUAGAGCUAGUUUUUGGUAGUAGUAGACUAGCUAAAACUGACCGAGACAUUGACAAUUCAAGCGGGUCUUUUGUAAUUUUGAAAGAGAUCCAGUGUAUUGACGGGGUUAAGGCCAUCGUGUGGCUCAAUGAUUCAAUAAUUGUUGGUACCAUCAAUGGAUAUAGUUUGUUUUCUUGUGUUACGGGGCAAAGUGGUGUGAUAUUUUCGUUGCCGGACAUAUCUAGCCCACCGCAGCUUAAGUUGUUAUGGAAAGAGAAGAAGGUGCUAAUGUUGGUAGACAAUGUUGGAAUUAUUGUUAAUGAGCAUGGGCAGCCUGUUGGAGGGAGCUUGGUUUUCCGUGGUAGCCCAGAUUCUAUUGGGGAAUUAUCUUCCUAUGUAGUGCUUGUGAGGGAUGGGAAGAUGGAGCUAUAUAACAAGAGAUCGGGUAACUGUAUUCAGACAAUUAUUCUUGGUGGCGAAGGAGUUGGGCCAUGUAUUCUUGCCAGUGAGGAUAGUGGAAAUGGACAAAUUGUUGCUGUUGCAACCACCACGAAGGUCAUCUGCUACCAUGAAGUACCCUCUGAAGAACAAAUCAAAGAUCUGUUGAGAAAGAAAAACUUCAGGGAAGCGAUUUCCUUGGUGGAGGAGCUUAAAUCUGAAGGUGAAAUUUCAAAUGAAAUGCUGUCCUUUGUUCAUGCUCAGGUGGGUUUUCUUUUGCUUUUCGACUUGCACUUUGAGGAAGCAGUGAAUCACUUUCUGCAGUCAGAGACAAUGCAGCCUUCUGAAGUUUUUCCAUUUAUAAUGCGAGAUCCAAAUCGCUGGUCACUGCUGGUUCCUAGGAACCGAUAUUGGGGCUUGCACCCGCCCCCUGCUCCUCUUGAAGAUGUUGUGGAUGAUGGAUUGAUGGCUAUCCAAAGAGCUAUUUUUCUAAAGAAAGCUGGCGUAGAUACUGCUGUAGAUGAUGAUUUUAUAUCAAGUCCACCAACUAGAUCUAAUUUACUUGAGUCCGCAAUCAAGAACAUUAUCAGAUAUCUGGAAGUCUCUCGCGAGAAAGAGUUGACCCUGUCAGUAAGGGAGGGAGUUGACACGCUAUUAAUGUACCUCUAUAGAGCUUUAAACUGGGUUGAUGACAUGGAGAGGCUUGCAUCUUCAGGGAACAGUUGUAUUGUGGAGGAGUUAGAAACCUUAUUAGAUGACUCUGGCCAUUUACGGACGCUUGCCUUCUUAUAUGCAAGUAAAGGAAUGAGCUCGAAGGCUCUUGCCAUAUGGCGCAUUCUGGCAAGAAAUUAUUCUUCUGGUCUAUGGGAAGACCCUGCUGUAGAGACUGACUUAGAAGAUGGAAGUACAAAUGUCCUCUCGGGUAGAGAAAUCGCUGCAAUUGAGGCAUCAAAGAUUCUAGAGGAGUUGUCUGAUCAGGAUUUGGUGUUGCAGCAUCUUGUAUGGAUUGCAGAUGUUAAUCCAGUACUUGCAGUUGAAGUUUUGACUUCAAAGAAAAGAGUAAAUCAGCUAUUGCCAGAUGAAGUCAUUGCUGCCAUUGAUCCUAAAAAGGUAGAAAUACUACAAAGGUAUCUCCAGUGGCUGAUUGAAGAUCAAGAGUCUGUUGAUACCCAUUUCCACACACUAUAUGCUCUUUCACUUGCAAAAUCAGCAAUAGAAACCUUUGUUGAGGGAAGUAUCCCUGUAAACCCUGUUGGUGGAAGGUUAGAGGAGGCAAGAUGUUCCAGUUUUGGGGGAAACUCAAUCUUUCAAAGCCCUGUACGAGAAAGGCUGCAGAUAUUUUUGUUAUCAUCAGACUUGUAUGAUCCAGAGGAGGUCCUUGACUUGAUUGAAGGAUCAGAAUUAUGGCUGGAAAAGGCUAUCUUAUACAGAAAAUUGGGGCAAGAGACAUUGGUUCUUCAAAUUUUGGCCCUGAAACUGGAAGACAGUGAAGCCGCUGAACAAUAUUGUGCUGAGAUUGGCAGACCAGAUGCAUAUAUGCAGUUACUUGAUAUGUAUUUGGAUCCACAAAAUGGUAAGGAGCCUAUGUUUAAGGCUGCAGUUCGCCUUCUGCAUAACCAUGGAGAAUCUCUAGAUCCUCUGCAAGUUUUGGAGACAUUGUCACCAGAUAUGCCCCUUCAACUUGCCUCUGAUACAAUAUUACGAAUGCUGAGGGCUCGGCUGCACCAUUAUCGUCAAGGACAAAUUGUGCAUAAUCUGUCCCGUGCUAUAGAUGUUGAUGCAAGACUUGCAAGAUUGGAGGAAAGGUCACGACAUGUGCAGAUUAAUGAUGAGAGCCUUUGUGAUUCUUGUCAUGCACGCCUUGGGACCAAACUGUUUGCAAUGUACCCAGAUGACAGUGUUGUAUGUUACAAGUGCUUCCGCCGUCAAGGUGAGUCCACUUCUGUCAAAGGCCGGAACUUUAAGCAAGAUGUCCUAAUCAAACCGGGUUGGCUUGUUAGCCGCUGAGCAAGAAACCUGGGUUCUGGGUUCUUGCUGGGCUUGAUGGUCCUGGAGACAGACUUUAUGCUCAGAUGAAGGUGACGGUGGCUUCUUUUUCUAGGCAAUUAGUGUUAUUUAGAAUGACCAUAGCUUUAUAUAUGAAUCAUGAACCUCUGGUCAAAGAAAAAGAUUGUGAACAAAGGCUUGUUUGUGACUCAUGUAGAUGGAUGCAUAUUCAUAGUUAGAGAUCGAUAAAGGUCACUCUAAUGGAUAAUUGCAUAUAUUGUACUAGUAAGCUUCCAAAUGCAAAACAAUGGAUUUUUCUUCCCUGGUAAUUGGAUUCUAAUGACAUUAUUUGGCA